CUUCGAAAGCUGCAUUUCGCUUCACAAUCGACCACCAUUUCUUCUCGCAGACGUAUAUCAUUAAAGACUGAUCGAGUAAUUCCUCAGUCUUCUCGAUCUCUAGUUCACAGUGUAUAUGCCGGUCAAAUUCGAGGCUUAUUGAUAUUAGCUGUAAAAUUUGAUCGAAAAGUUAGUUCGAUUGAGUUGAGUCAUCGAGUCGAAGUAGUCAUAGAAACGCGACGCGCGUGCCACGUUCGAUCUCAACUCGAAGUGGAAAAGUGAUCGUCCUUUUUGAUUCCUCUUCAUUUCUAACGGAAUUAUACACUUAAACGUUAGAAAAAUUUCUCUUUCGAUAGCUAACUAUAGUUAAGUGAAAAUGGAACGAAAUUAUCAAAAAGUUGGCAUGGGUGUCGGAGCUUUUCAUAAUCCACCAAGAGGAAAAUACAGCGAGGAAACGAAGAACCUAAUUAAACUUUUAAUGGAAGAGUCAAAAGUAGGUAUGAGUCAAAGGAAAGUUAUUCAAGAUGCUGUUGAUAAAGGUGAAUCUCUUCCGCCGCCUCGAAAAUCUAUGGGGGAUAAGCAAAAAUCGAAGGAACCUCAGGUCAUGUUUCCCAGUCUUUGGAAGAAACGUUCUCAAAAUAUAAUCCUUAAUAGCGGUGCUUACGAAAGAGAACAAUAUCGACGAACUGCACCCUUACCUAACAAGGAAAAACAGAAACGUCAAUUAGCUUGUUUAAUGGCUUAUGGAAAGGAAAUGCCCGAAACUCCACGCGGGCCUAAAAUUCUUCACAAAGCAAGAAGGGAACCUGAAUUGAACGAAGACGAUCCCUUUGAAUAUAUUAUCGAGGGAAUACGCGAAAGAAUGGAGUUUUUGAAUGACAUGGAAUGUCUUGGAAUGGGUAAAAAGUAUCGACCCAUUAUACAACAAGAGAUAGCUCAAAAGAUUCGAUUAAUGGAAUCCAUCGAUAUGAAGAGAUCGGUGGAAGUUCGAAAAGAAUUACAAAAAUUUAAAGAGGAACGACCACCUCCGAAACCAUUCCCUUUGGGAGAUUUAGAUGAAAAUUGAAGUAACUCUUUCCUUUAUUUUUAGUAUAUUUUUAUUACAUUUAGACUAAUAGGUUUAUUAAAAUGUAGCAUUGUCGUCGAUACGAUUAUUUUUUAAUAUAUCAAGAUUUGUGAUAGACUUUA